ACGUCCAAAAAACUUUUCGAAUGAGUUUGAGAAGAAAAGUCGCGGAACGAUCUGUCACGUUCGCGCGUAAUUUCAGCACCGUGGAGAGCUCAUUGCUCGUCUGAGAUCACGAAGAAGCGAGGAGCAGAUUUCUUUUAACACCGAUUCCGCAAGUAUGGAGCUGAAUAAAGUCAGUAGAGGCACAGGAUCGGCGCAAAUUGAGCUUUACGCACCGAGAGAUGCCGAAACCAACCACUGACCGUACCAGCUGAGAAUAUACAGUCUUCAUUUAUAUAUGUAGAUAUCAAUAUAUAUAUGAGGAACCAACAACAGAAGAUUCAAGAGACUGAAGGGAAACGAGUAUUUAAGAGGAUCUGGCACCUAUUAAAAUGUGGAUUAUACCUCUUUGGAUGUUUGUCCACAUUUUGCUUGGUACUCCAAUCAAAGCACAGCAUGUGGAUCCUGAUGUGGGCUUAACAGCUCAAGAACAAGUUCUUCUUCUGUACGACAUCAAACUCCAGUGCCUUCAAAACAUCUCUGAACACAACCCUACUGAUGGGCUUUGUUCUCCUGGAUGGGAUGGACUGGUUUGCUGGCCUAAAGGUUCCCCAGGAAGCAUCACCAAAGUGCCAUGCCCUAGCUACGUCUACGACUUCAACCACAACGGGUUUGCAUACCGUCAGUGCGACUUGAAUGGAUCAUGGGUCUCAGUGGAGAACAGAACUUGGGUCAACUAUUCCGACUGCCUACGCUUCCUGGCUCCAGGCAUUGAAAAGGGCAAAAGAGACUUCUUCGAGCGGCUGCACAUCAUGUACACGGUCGGCUAUGCGGUGUCCUUCAGUUCGCUUCUGGUCGCCAUUUUCAUCAUUGGAUAUUUUCGGCGUCUUCAUUGCACCAGAAACUACAUCCACAUGCAUCUAUUCGUGUCAUUUAUGCUGCGUGCGGUCAGUAUCUUCGUGAAAGACAGAGUGGUGUACGCUAAUGGGGUGCUACAGGAAUACGACACCAUGCUAAUGGACAACUUCAGCACUGCGUCCAUCUCUUCUCUCGAUAAGACUCAGUAUGUUGGAUGUAAGAUCACAGUCCUGUUCUUCAUCUAUUUCCUCUCCACCAACUACUAUUGGAUCCUAGUCGAGGGACUUUACCUUCACAGUCUUAUUUUCAUGGCCUUCUUUUCAGACUCCAAAUAUCUCUGGGGGUUCACCCUAAUAGGAUGGGGUGUGCCAGCUCUCUUUGUGUCAACCUGGGCUGUCGUCAGGGCAACGCUCUCAGAUGUGAGGUGUUGGGAAUUGAGUGCUGGCAAUAUUAAAUGGAUUUACCAAAUUCCCAUCUUGACAGCAAUUGGGCUGAAUUUUAUUCUGUUUGUAAAUAUCGUACGAGUUCUGGCCACCAAAAUCCGAGAAACAAACGCAGGACGGUACGACACACGCAAACAGUACAGGAAGCUAGCAAAAUCCACACUGGUUCUGGUUCUGGUCUUUGGAGUGCACUACAUCAUGUUUGUGGGAAUGCCGCACACAUUCACUGGUCUGGGUUGGGAGCUCCGCAUGUACUUUGAGCUCUUCUUUAAUUCAUUCCAGGGAUUUUUUGUGUCCAUUAUCUACUGUUUCUGCAAUGGAGAGGUCCAAACUGAAAUUCGUAAGGCCUGGCUCCGUUGGACGCUUGCGUUUGACUGGGAGGGUCCUGUGGUUUUGGCGAACUAUCGCUAUGGGUCGGUUCUGAACAACAGCGGUGCCAGUGUCCAAUCCCAGCUGACCUCUGUGACCCGUAGCUCCGCUCUACUUACCAGCAGAGUGUACCAUUGCGCUGGGCCUCCCAGCGUCACCUCGUUCGUACACAGCACGCACAUACACACCACCCUGCCCGGGUACGUCUUCAGUAACUCUGACAUUCCCGAGGAAAUCGAAGAAGAUGCCAAACACAUAGACGACAUCACCCUGAAAGAGAACGCUAAAGACAAUGACUUCACCGUGAGACAGGAAGUCCUCAGUAUCUGUUUAGAAGAAAGUGGACAAUGUCCAAACGAUGAUGACAUAAUAAAGAGUGACGAUGAUGUAAUUUCUCAAGAGAACGCCAAAUGCACCGAUAAAAUCACUUUAAAGGACUCAUUAUCGGUGAGGCACAACAGUUUGGACCAGGAGGAUGAGGAAGUGCUCUAAAAUUUGUGAAGACUUUGUUCAAGUUCAUCAAGAUUUUGCACGUGCACUGAUGAAAAGCCAAUGAAAACGAGACACCACACGUUCUUAAAAUGCAUGAAAAUCUACUGUAAUGUUUGUGUGGGAAUUGGUUUUCAGCCAUUUCAAGGCCUUGCGUUCAGAGUCUUGUUUGCAGAGAACAAUUUGUGGUGAUUUUUGUUGUCAGUUCUUUGCUAGACUUUUCUCAUUUGUUUAAUCACACUGUGGACAAAUUUAGUACUUAAUUUCGAUAAACUAUGUAGGUGUAAAUAUAUUCUUCGCAAAGUGUUACGCUGUUGUUUUGUCAAGUCAAACAAUGGAACCCAUACUGAAUAUUUAGCAAACUUAAUAAUUUGUAAAUCUAUUCUUAAACAUACAAAAUAUUGUUGAAUUUUUCGUAAGAAUGCUUUUGUAUAUAAUUAACACAGAAAUUCAUUGUUCCAAGUUCUGCUUUGCAAUUUAGUUAUUUCAUUAAAAAGUUGGAGGUUAGGGGGGCCUGGGUAGCUCAGCAAGUAAAGACGCUGACUACCACACCUGGAGACGCCAUUUCGAAUCCAGGGCGUGCUGAGAGAAUCCAGUCAGGCUUCCUGAGCAACCAAUUGGCCCGGUUGCUAGGUAGGGUAGAGUCACAUUGGGGUAACCUCCUCGUGGUCGCUAUAAUGUGGUUCUCGCUGUUGAUGGGGCACGUGGUGAGUUGUGCGUAGAUGCCGCAGAGAAUAGCAUGAAGCCUCCACACGCACUAGGUCUCCGCGGUAACGUGCUCAACAAGCCACGUGAUAAGAUGCGCAGAUUGACAGUCUCAGACGCGGAGGUAACUGAGAGUCACUACGCCACCACAAGGACUUAGAGUGCAUUGGGAAUUGGGCAUUCCAAAUUGGUGAGAAAAGGGGAAAAUUGGAUGUUACUUGGCAUAAAAAAAUAUUUUUACGUCAAACUACUUUUUUAUUGUGAUUAUAUGUGAAUGUUUUUCUUAAAAUAUAUUUUAAUUUAAUGUGCAACGCUGUUUCUUGCAAAAUUGUAAUAAAUGCACAUGACGAGGAGGAGGGCGUGGCCAGCCCGUGAGAAUGCACGACUGCGUGCGUCUCUCUCUCUCUCUUGAACUGGCGUCUCCAGCUCCCCUUUAUCUCACUCUUGCGCUGAUAAUCGGAUUCAGCGAUUCAGCGAUUCGUGCACCCUCACGGCCUGGCCAUGCCCUCCUCCUUGU